GAUUACAAAAGAGUAGAGACGACGAGUCCUCCGUUUUCUCUCUCUAGAAAACCGUCUCUCUUUCUCUCUCUACAAUUCUAAUUCUAAUCCUCAGUCUAAGGUUCUUGUGCCCUCAAAUUCUCGUCGUCUCUGUAUUCAAAUCCAUUUUCUUCUCCUCCAAGUUUUCUCUCAGAUCUCUCAGAAGCACUGAGGAGGCUCAUCCAUGGCUGGUCGAUACGAUAGUAACCCCUUCGCUGAAGAAGAGGAAGUCAAUCCGUUCUCGAAUCAUGGAAGCGUUGCUCCUGCCAAGAACUCGAGACUGUCACCUCUGCCUCCAGAGCGUGCUGGUUUCAAUUAUGGUAUUGGUGAAACCGUCGAUAUACCUAUUGAUGGAAGUGGGGAUUUGAAAAAGAGGGAGAGGGAACUCCAAGCUAAAGAAGCUGAACUAAGAAAGCGUGAAGAGGUUGUAAAACGGAAAGAAGAUGCUGCAGCACGUGCUGGAAUUGUUCUCGAGGAAAAAAAUUGGCCGCCAUUCUUUCCACUCAUCCAUCACGAUAUUGCAAAUGAAAUCCCAAUUCAUUUACAAAGGGUGCAGUAUGUCGCAUUUAUAACAUGGUUAGGAAUUAUUGCUUGCCUAUUCUGGAAUAUCAUAGCUGUGACCACUGCCUGGAUCAAGGGUGAAGGGGUGAAAAUAUGGUUCCUUGCGGUUAUAUAUUUCAUUGCUGGGGCACCUGGAUCUUAUGUGCUGUGGUACCGUCCUCUUUACCGUGUGUUCAGGUCUGAGAGUGCUUUGAAGUACGGAUGGUUUUUCAUGUUCUAUCUGUUUCACAUUGGCUUCUGCAUCUUUGCUGCGGUUGCUCCCCCUAUAAUCUUCAAAGGAAAAUCUCUCACUGGUAUUCUGGCUGCAAUUGAUGUUCUGAGCGAUCAUGCUUUGGUUGGGAUCUUCUACUUCAUUGGAUUCGGCAUGUUUUGUCUUGAAUCAGUGCUUAGCAUCUGGGUUAUUCAGCAAGUAUACAUGUACUUCCGGGGAAGUGGUAAAGCUGCUGAAAUGAGGCGGGAGGGAGCAAGACAUGUUGUGAGGGCAGCAAUAUAAAGGCAAAGAAACAUGUAAUCAGAUGAAAAGAUGGUGACUCUGUAUUGAUCUAGGUUGUAUAUGCCCUUAGCUACAGGAUUUGCGGAUACAGAUGUUUUACCCGAGCUUUUAUUUUUUGAUUUGUACCCCCUUUUUCACAAAUGAUUGAACUACCUCUGUUAGUAUAUCAGUGCUAUUGAAACUUGAAUUCAGGGCUUGUUAGAAACACGUUUUCUGCACUUUGCUGUUUCUAAGAAUUCUGUAAUAGAGUUUAAUUCAUUUCUGGUGUAAUGUUUUGGAAUUACAUCUCGGGUUACAUAGUCGAGUAAUUCUGAGAGCUGUAAC